UCUUGGCCUAGAAACGAAAGCUUUCAUCGCAGAGAGGGAACCUGAGCCCUGGCUGGCUGCAGGGGUGGUGGGGAGAGAGGGACCUGCUGCUUUCUGGGGUGUGACCUUGGGCGGGCCUCUCUAGCACCUGAGCCUGGACGUCCGCGGUGAUCGCGCACCUGUCUCAGAGAGUGAAUGGCUGCGGUCUCUUCUAUGAUGGAGGGAAGCCGGCAGACGCGAGUGUCACGGCCCUACAAGAUCAGCGAGUCCUCCAAGGUGUACCGCUGGGCCGAGCACCCGAGUACGGUGCUGCAGCGGCUCAACGAGCAGCGUCUCCGCGGGCUCUUCUGCGACAUCGUCCUGGUGGCGGACGAGCAGCGCGUGCCGGCCCACCGCAACCUACUAGCCGUGUGCAGCGACUACUUCAACUCCAUGUUCACCAUCGGCAUGCGUGAGGCCUUCCAGAAGGAGGUGGAGCUCGUUGGCGCCUCGUACAUCGGGCUCAAGGCCGUGGUGGACUUCCUGUAUGGUGGGGAGCUAGCGCUGGACGGCGGCAACAUCGACUACAUCCUGGAGACGGCGCACCUGCUGCAGAUCUGGACGGUGGUGGACUUCUGCUGCGAGUACCUGGAGCAGGAGGUCAGCGAGGAGAACUACCUGUACCUGCAGGAGCUGGCCUCCAUCUACAGCCUCAGGCGGCUGGACGCCUUCGUCGACGGCUUCAUCCUGCGCCGCUUCGGCACGCUGUCCUUCACGCCCGACUUCCUGCAGAACGUGUCCGUGCAGAAGCUGUGCGCCUACCUGGGCAGCAGCGAGGUGCAGCGCGAGUGCGAGCACGACCUGCUGCGGGCCGCCCUGCAGUGGCUCACGCAGCGGCCCGAGCGCGAGGCCCACGCCUUCCAGGUGCUGGAGAACAUCCACUUCCCGCUCAUCCCCAAGAACGACCUGCUGCACCGCGUCAAGCCGGCCGUAUGCUCGCUGCUGCCGCGGGAGGCCAACUGCGAGGGCUUCAUCGAGGAGGCGGUGCGCUACCACAAUAGCCUGGCGGCCCAGCCCGUGCUGCAGACCAAGCGCACGGCGCUGCGCACCAACCAGGAGCGGCUGCUGUUCGUGGGCGGCGAGGUGUCCGAGCGCUGCCUGGAGCUCAGCGACGACACCUGCUACCUGGACGCCGCCAGCGAGCAGUGGGUCAAGGAGACACCCCUGCCGGCCCGGCGGAGCCACCACUGUGUCGCCGUGCUGGGGGGGUUCAUCUUCAUCGCCGGCGGCAGCUUCUCCCGGGACAAUGGAGGGGAUGCGGCAUCCAAUCUUCUUUAUAGGUAUGACCCCCGCUGUAAACAGUGGAUCAAGGUGGCUUCCAUGAACCAGCGCCGCGUGGAUUUCUACCUGGCCUCCAUCGAAGACAUGCUGGUGGCUGUCGGUGGCCGGAACGAGAAUGGAGCUCUUUCUUCAGUGGAGACGUACAGCCCCAAGACCGACUCCUGGUCCUACGUGGCCGGCUUGCCCAGGUUCACCUACGGCCACGCGGGCACCAUCUACAAGGACUUCGUGUACAUCUCCGGGGGCCACGACUACCAGAUCGGCCCGUACCGCAAGAACCUGCUGUGUUACGACCACCGCACGGACGUGUGGGAGGAGCGGCGGCCCAUGACCACGGCGCGUGGCUGGCACAGCAUGUGCAGCCUCGGGGACACCAUCUACUCCAUCGGCGGCAGCGACGACAGCGUGGAGUCCAUGGAGCGCUUCGACGUGCUGGGCGUCGAGGCCUACAGCCCGCAGUGCAACCAGUGGACCCGCGUGGCGCCCCUGCUGCAGGCCAACAGCGAGUCGGGGGUGGCGGUGUGGCAGGGCCGCAUCUACAUCCUGGGCGGCUACAGCUGGGAGAGCACCGCCUUCUCCAAGACCGUGCAGGUGUACGACCGCGAGAAGGACAAAUGGGGCAAGGGCCCCGACCUGCCCAAGGCCAUCGCCGGCGUGUCGGCCUGCGUGUGUGCCCUCAAGCCGCGGCUGGAGGACAAGAAGAAGAAGGGGAAGGGGAAGAGGUACCAGGACCGGGGCCAGUGACCCCCCCCCCCCACCAGCCCCGCCGCAGCGUCCAGGCCAGCAGGACUUCGUAGCGUCCUGGAACCAUGAUGUACUUCUUAGCAGUUUUUCUUUCUUUCUUUCUUUCUUUUUUAUUUUUAUGAUUCUUGGUAUUUCUAUGGUAUCACAGUAACCGAUUAAAUAUUCUAUAUAAUUUUACAUAUAAUCUUGCUUGACUGCUUAACCCUGGGCCCAGGCGUGAACUAGCCCCUCACACCUGCGCAGGCCUUCUUCCCUCACCUCCCCGAGGGGGCCUCCUCCCCAUCCCCCUCAAGGGUACCUGGGGCAGGGGUGACGUGAAAUCUUGGCCCAUGGCACUGGGGGCCGUGGUGGGGCCAGUUCAGAACCCCCAGUCCACGCCUCCCUCAGCUUGGCUGAACUGUUAGACGGAUUCCUGGGCCCUGCCUCAGGAUUAUCCAUCCUAAAACUACCAGCAGUAGGGGUACAGGGGGUGCUCCGAAGCUAUAACCAGGUCGCGGGCAAUGUCAAGUGCGUUCUUGUUAAUGAGUGGGGACUCGGAGACCCCGACAGGGCAGGACCUGGGACUUCUCACCGGAGAGAUGUUCCUGCCAGGAUUUCCUGAGCUGGUGGCUCUUGUUUCUGAGUUGUCCUGUCCCCCUGAUGGGUAAUCUUCCUGAAUUCUAAAAGGGUCUAGGUAAUCAAGAAACUGG